AUGACUGGCUUUGGGUCAGGUGUCCAUCCCUGGCCUGAGCAGCUGAGAGGAUGGGGCAGGCAGAGUUACCUCGCAUCUCAGGAGUCCCAGGCACGCAGUAGAGCCUCACUGGGGGAAAUGUCUGCGUGGACGAUGGGCGCCCGCCUUCUGGACAAGCGUGGAAGUUUCUUUAAGCUCAUUGACACAAUUGCCUCUGAGAUCGGAGAACUGAAACGGGAGAUGGUGCAGACAGAUGUCAGCCUGGAAAAUGGACUGGAACCCGCUGAAGCCUACAGCAUGGUACGACACAAGGAUGAUGAGGAGAAAGAUGCCAAGGCAUGCCCCCGGGACUCUGGCUAUGACAGCCUCUCCAGCAGGCUCAGCAUUUUGGACCGACUUCUCCACACCCACCCCAUAUGGUUGCAGCUGAGUCUGAGCGAGGAGGAGGCAGCACAAGUCCUACAGUCCCAGCCACCGGGGAUCUUCCUGGUUCGUAAGUCUACUAAAAUGCAGAAGAAAGUCCUCUCCCUUCGCCUGCCCUGUGAAUUUGGAGCCCCACUCAAAGAAUUUGCCAUAAAGGAAAGCACAUACACCUUUUCCCUGGAAGGCUCAGGAAUCAGUUUUGCAGAUUUAUUCCGGCUCAUUGCUUUCUACUGCAUCAGCAGGGACGUUCUGCCAUUUACCUUGAAGUUGCCUUAUGCCAUUUCAACAGCCAAGACGGAGGCUCAGCUUGAAGAACUAGCCCAGUUGGGACUAAAUUUCUGGAGCUCUCCAGCUGACAACCAACCCCCAAACCCUCCACCUCCCCAUAGGCCUCUCUCCUCAGACGGUGCUUGUCCCGCCUCGAGUCAGCUCUGCCUCAUAAAUGGAGUGCAUUCUAUAAAAACCAGGACGCCUUCGGAGCUGGAGUGCAGCCAGGGCAACGGAGCCCUGUGUUUCAUUAAUCCUCUUUUCUUGAAAGUGCACAGCCAGGACCUCAGUGGAAGCCUGCCGAGGUCCAGCACAAGGACUCCCAACGUGAAUGGCACCGAAAGGCCUCGGUCCCCCCCACCCAGGCCCCCGCCACCCACUAUUAAUAGUCUCCACACAAGCCCUCAGCUGUCCAGGAGCGAGACCCAGGCGAGCAUGCCAGAAACAGUCAACCAUAACAAACAUGGGAACGUAGCUGUGCCUGGAACGAAACCAACACCCGUCCCUCCGCCCCGGCUGAAGAAGCAGGCUUCUUUUCUUGAGGCAGAAGGCAGUGCAAAGACCUUGACCGGUGGCCGGCCUGGCCCCGGCCUCGAGCCCAAGCUGGGCACGGCUGGUGGCCCAGGUGGGGCCCCACCCUCGGAGGCGCCAAGAGAUUGCACAAGGGCCCAGCCUCCCUGCUCUGAGUCACGGCCUCCGUGGAAUGGAGGCAGGCAGAGGCUGAGCGACAUGAGCAUUUCCACUUCCUCCUCUGACUCGCUGGAGUUUGACCGCAGCAUGCCUCUCUUUAGCUACGAGGCAGACACUAACAGCAGCCUGGAGGAUUAUGAUGGCGAGAGUGACCAGGAGACCAUGCCCCCGCCCAUCAAGUCCAAGAAGAGGAGCAGCUCCUUCGUGCUGCCCAAGAUUGUCAAGUCCCAGCUCCGGAAGAUGAGCGGCGUGUUCAGCUCCUUCAUGACCCCCGAGAAGAGGAUGGUCAGGAGGAUCGCCGAGCUGUCCCGGGACAAGUGCACCUACUUCGGGUGCCUGGUGCAGGACUAUGUGAGCUUCCUGCAGGAGAACAAGGAGUGCCACGUGUCCAGCACCGACCUGCUGCAGACGAUCCGGCAGUUCAUGACCCAGGUCAAGAACUACCUGUCCCAGAGCUCGGAGCUAGACCCCCCCAUCGAGUCCCUGAUCCCCGAAGACCAAAUAGAUGUGGUGCUGGAAAAGGCCAUGCACAAGUGCAUCUUGAAGCCCUUGAAGGGGCACGUGGAGGCCAUGCUGAAGGACUUCCACAUGGCUGACGGCUCCUGGAAACAGCUGAAGGAUAACCUGCAGCUGGUACGGCAGAGGAACCCGCAGGAGCUGGGAGUCUUUGCCCCGACCCCUGAUUUUGUGGAUGUGGAGAAAAUCAAGGUCAAAUUCAUGACCAUGCAGAAGAUGUAUUCACCAGAAAAGAAAGUUAUGCUGCUGCUGAGGGUCUGCAAACUCAUCUACACUGUCAUGGGGAACAACUCAGGGAGGAUGUAUGGAGCUGACGACUUCUUGCCAGUACUGACCUAUGUCAUAGCUCAGUGUGACAUGCUUGAACUGGACACGGAAAUUGAGUACAUGAUGGAGCUCUUAGACCCAUCACUGUUGCACGGAGAAGGAGGCUAUUACUUGACCAGCGCCUACGGAGCACUUUCUCUGAUAAAGAAUUUCCAGGAAGAACAAGCUGCGCAGCUGCUCAGCUCCGAGACCAGAGACACCCUGCGGCAGUGGCACAGACGGAGAACCACCAACCGGACCAUCCCGUCUGUGGACGACUUCCAGAAUUAUCUUCGAGUUGCAUUCCAGGAGGUCAGCAGUGGCUGCACGGGAAAAACUCUCUUGGUGAGACCUUAUGUCACCACCGAGGAUGUGUGCCAGCUCUGUGCGGAGAAGUUCAAGGUGGGGGACCCUGAGGAGUACAGUCUCUUUCUCUUUGUUGAUGAAACUUGGCAGCAGCUGGCAGAGGACACAUACCCUCAAAAAAUCAAGGCUGAGCUGCACAGCCGGCCACAGCCCCACAUCUUCCACUUUGUCUACAAGCGCAUCAAGAAUGACCCUUACGGUGUCAUCUUCCAGAACGGUGAAGAAGACCUCACCGCCUCCUAGAAGAUGUGAGGAAUGUCCUAGCAGUGCAGCCAAGGGGGUUAGCAGUGUGGCCUUCUGGCAUCCACGUGCUUGAGCUGGAAAAGCAGUCACGCCCUUGGGGACUUUGCACUUGAGUGACUAUGCCAUGCAAGGUCAGCUUUGGCCGAGGGCAUCUUCAGGCACAUUGCCCAAGCAAGGCAGCUGAGGCUCCCGAAGCAGCAAGAUUCUCCCUUCAUGAUGGAGGAUUGCAUUUGAUGGUUCAUGUGUUCUGGGAUUGUUUGCUACCUACCCCCAACCAGGUUCUGUGCUGGCCCAGAUAUAUGUACAUGUGCUGAGUAAACAUACAAGCCUCCUCUUGACUUCACCAACGGGUGUUUGACAAGACUGUCCGAUGCAGUGCAUCAGGUACAGCUCUCAAUGCUGUGGAUGGCUCCAUCCUUUCCUUCCCCUUCUUUCUUUCUCUUUAUUUUUACAAAGAGCCUUUGGGUUUUUAUAUAUUUCGUGGAAAUUUUUAUAGCAGUUGCAGGUAAACUGUCAGGAUUGGUUUUUUUAAAAUAUUUUUGUAACUUAAAAAUAUUCUAUAAUUAUGCAUGUGAUUUUAACAUUUAAUAUUCAAAAUAAACCUCUUGCUGGAUUGGAGAGUAUUGCAUUUUAGAAGUCUCUCUUCUGUAACUGGAUGUUUUAGCCACUCUGUGGAGAGAGGCUGCUGGGUUUCCGAGAGCAGUGUGUGACUGACGCUGGCCCCAGGAUGCCUUCACAAGUCCAACGUGCUGUUACCUUGUUCAUGUGCUGUGGUGUUGUGCUGUUUUGUUUUUUAAACAAAUGACACUGAAAAUAAGGAAAGAAAUGAAUGUAGAUAGAGGUCGAGAGAGAAUAUACAGACUCUAAGAAAGGACUGAGGAGUGUAGUCUGCUGGUUCAGGCUCUUUGGAGGAAGCAGGAAAAAGAGAUCGAAGGAACCACAUAUGCUUCAGAUACUGUAAAUAUGCAAUGAGAUUGGACAAAAUCUGUCCCAUAUCUUAUCUGCUUUGGGAAACAAUUUUAAAAACCCCAGGAGGAGAAAAGGUCAGUGAUAACACUUUUUAUUUUUCCCCGCAUGAAUGAAAACUAACAGCAUCAAAUUGCUUUGGGCAGAAACCAAGUAACGUGUAAUGUGGCUUUCCUUGAGUUCAAUAAGAUGCUGUUUGGGCAAGAAUGUGGCUUUCCUUGAGUUCAAUAAGAUGCUCUUUGGGCAAGAGUUUGCAAAGGCACCAAAAAGCCCGUCUGCUGUAUAGGGAUG